AUGGUGUUCCAAGGGAAAUCCAAAGCAAUGAGGUCCAUUAAAAUCCUCGUGCCACUGUUUAUCCAGAUAGCAACCUGUCUGUCAGGGCGCAGCUUUGGUGAUGGUCAUCGCCAUUCAAUCCAGAGGCGUGCUCCACCCGCACCACGCGCAAAUGGCAUCUGUUACACUUACACCAUUCAGCAUGGAGACAGCUGCCCGAAACUUGCCGAGCGCUAUCAUAUCACUACUAGUGAUAUCGAGACUUGGAAUACUGGAUCGUGGGAUUGGAAGGGCUGCAGUGGUGUCAAGCAGGGCGAUUUUGUCUGUCUCAGCUCUGGUGCCUUUCCUAUGCCGGUUGCUCUCCCACAUGCUACCUGCGGUCCUCAAGUCCCUGGGACAAGACGGCCUGCCAACUACGCCGACCUUGCUUCUCUAAACCCGUGCCCUUCGGAUCAAUGCUGUGCUAAAUCGGGUCAAUGUGGUACGACCAAGGCCUCUUGCGAUGCUACCCAGGCCUGUAUCUUCAAUUGCGGGGAUAAGAGCCCCAAGAAAGCCGCGUCCAAGAGCGAUGCGCAAAGUACUGCACCAAAGAUGACCAUUGCUUCAAAGGCGAGCACAACUUCCAGAUCGAGGACGACUAACAAACCUACCACAACUUCACAGGCGACUACAAGUAUAAAAACUACCACAGGUUCGAAAAAGACUACGACCAAGCACACUACCACUUCAACCACUACUACCAAAGAAGAAGUCAAAGCAACCAAGACUACUAGCGAGCUGAAUCCUACUGAAACUUGGUCAAUGAUCCUCUAUGAUAAAGCAAAGUGUGAAGGGGAUUAUUACUCCAUCCAAGGGCAUGAAAAUGACAAAUCAGGCAUAUGCUUUGCUUUGUCAGAGGAUACUAGCACCGAGAUCUCGGAUACGAAGAGGUCUUGCCGAUGGUGGCUUGAUGGUGGUCUCAGCUGGGACACUUGUUCCUCCAGUUCCCUUAAGCGGCCUAAGUCUUGGAGUGUUAUAAACGGCCAGUGCUACGUAUAUAGUGAUAAGAAAUGUGAUAGAGAUAAGUAUGUUGGGUUUAUCGUUGGGACUGCGGGAAAAUGCUACAAAUGGAGGGAUUCGGUUCAUUUUCCUGUGGACGACUGGAACUCAAUGAUUUGUUGGUAUAUGUAG